CUUCUCGCGUCGUGAAGAAGGCAUUGACGGGCGCCCUACGCACCGCCUGUGCCACUGGGGAGCUCGCCGCCAAGACCUUCCUCACGCCUCCCAGUUCGCCGCAUCGCUGCGCGCGAUCUGGACGUGACCAGCUCCGAGAUCAGUCCAGGGACCAGCGCUAAAAGAUGGCCGCCGCCGCCGCCGCGCGCGCCCUGCUGGACAAGAACGGCGACUUGACCGUCGAACAGUUCUCCGCCGCCCUGACGAAGAUCCUGGGCAACAUCCUCGCCCAUCCCGCGGAAGAAAAGUACCGCCGCAUCAAAGCAAAGGCCAAGCUCGUGCAGCAGACCAUCCUCGCGGCGGACGGCGGCCUAGCUGCAUUCUUGGCAUUAGGGUUCCGCAAGGAAGCCAUGACCGUAAGCGCGCCGCCGCCGCCGCCGCCUCAAACGUACGAGCAGUCGACGACGAUCGCCACGGCCGCGGCCGAAGAUUCAUUGAUACAGAUGGGGUUUAGAAGGAGCGCGGCGCGCAGCAUGCUCCAAGAGUGCGGCGGCGACAUCUCGCUGGCGCUGGACCGCCUCGCGGGCCACCCGGAGUUCAUGGGCGUCGACGACCCUUCAGUCGAGGAGGAGGCGCAGCGGCUCGAGGCUGCUAAACGGCAGGCGGCGGCGAUGCGCCAGGCCGCUUCCACUCCAGUGCGGACCGAGGACGUCUACGUCCUCCAAAACGUGGACGAGGCUUCAUUAAGGGCGGCGCUCGAGGUCUACUCGUCAGAACUCCCGGCCGCUUUGACUCGAAAGAAGGAGGAGCGCCGGGCGGAACAAAGAGCGAGAGCCAAGACCGAGGCCCGCGCCGCGGCCGCGGAGCGCGCGGCCUCGCAGCGGCGCUGGGGCGAGGACGAGCGCGACCGGGCCGCGCGGCGCCGCAAGCUCGCGCCGGCGCCGGCGCCGGCACCUAUCAGGGACGACACGGGCGGGCUCAUCGACGCGCAGGACCGCGAGUUCCAACAAGCGGCGGCGGCCGACGGCGCCGCACCGCCUCAACAGACAACAAACAACCCGCAUGCUACACUAAAUGUCGCAGUCCGCCUGCCGGGCGCGCCUCCGAUGAGACGCCAGUUCCUCGCGGGCUGGUCACUUACACAAUUAGCCGACUUUCUCUCGAGGCAGCUGCCGGACGAGACGAGCGCGCGCCUGACCGUCGCCGGCGCGCGCCAGCCCCUCGUGAUUGAUGGUCGGACGCUGGCCGAGUGCAACUUAGGCGGUUCUACACUUUAUGUGGAAGCUAUAAAGGUGCAGCCUCCACCGGCACCGCAAUCCCAAGAUGACGACGACGCUUAUAGGGCGGCAUUACAAGCGGCAAAUGUGGACGUCGUAUCAGGUGUAGACGGCCUCGCGCCCCGAAACUUCACGACUGGCGCGGCACCUAGAAGACUGAUGCGCGAGUUAAGGUCGCUAGGUUCCGAUUUACCGCAGCCGAGCUGCGCCUCGACCAUCUUAGUGAGAUACGACAGCGAAAAACCAGCUUAUAUGCGAGCGCUCAUAACAGGACCUUUGAACACGCCCUACGCCCACGGCUGCUUCGAGUUUGAGAUCAAAUGCGGCGAGGACUACCCGCAGCACCCGCCCAAAGUUAGGAUUUUGACCACAAAGCGGGGCACGGCCCAGUUCGGGCCGAACCUCUUCGCGGAUGGACUCGUUUGUCUCUCGUUACUAGGGACGUGGGAGGGCCCGGGCUGGGAGCCCUCCCAAAGUUCACUGUUGCAGGUGCUCGUCUCCAUCCAAGGAUUAGUGUUGGGCAUGCGCCACCCGCAUUUCAACGAACCGGGCUACGGAGGGUGGGAGGGCACCGAGACGGAGACUAGUAGAAGCGGUCGGGUUUUAUCUAGUGGAGAAGAUGGCGGGUCCCACGUGCCGCCCGACGCGCGGCGGACGGAUGAAGUGCUUAGUGUGCAGACUCUAGACGUGGCCUGCGCCUUUGCGCUGGAGACGCGGCGCGAGUCGCCCUUUUCUUCGGCGAUUCUGGCGCAUUUGUCUACUCGUUCUGCAGCCAUCGCGACGACCGUUGAGACGCGCAUUGCUGAGGCCCAUAGUGACUACCCCGCGACGGCUCAACGCUUCGAGGUCGUAUUGAGGAGGACGCUCCAAGCGUUCCAGGAGCGCCUGGCUGCUGCUUCGGCGGAGCCCGCGGUGUUGCCUCCUGCGCCCGCUGCGCCCGCGGUGCCGCCUACGACGCCCGCUGCGCCGCCUACUACGCCCGCGGCGCCGCAGCCGCCGCCGCCCGCGGCCCCGCCGCAACCGCCGGCCGACGCCGAAGAAAUCGCGCGCCUGGAAGCGCGCCUGGAGGAGCUCCGCCGCCGCAACAACAACGCCGGCGACGCCAUGGAAGAAUCGUCCGACGACGACGAAAGCAUGGACGGCGCGGGAUAUGCCGGCCCCGAGGUCUUCGGCCCCGGGCGCCGCCUCGACUCGACCGAGACGGCGCCGGACCCCGCGCCCGCGCUCGCCGCCGCAGCUGCCGAGGAGGCGCGCCGCGCGGCUUUAGAGGAGCAGCGCCGCAAGGACGUCGCCGACAAGCGCGCGGCGUUCCUGGCACGCCUGUCGCCCUGA